AUGAUGCUAGUAGCACGUUACAUUCACUGCCGUGCGAGCAGCAGGCUCCGCCUGGCAAUUGGCACUCGCCUUUUUCUCCUCGCUCUGUUCACGUUCAGUGCGGCUGCGGAUCGCUUUUUCUCAGAUGAGCAGAACCCACCACCGCAUCGCGAUGCCUCUAGCCUGCGGAAACGGCGGGUGGUGUCUCCGCUAGUGCGACCCAGCCGCAGCCGCUCACUAAUAACGCUAAAUGAGAGAACCGCAGCAGCCGGCGCCGCGGUUGGGCCGCCCUUUCUCAAGGAGAGUCAGCGUGAGUGGUUUGACGCAGCAUAUACUCGUCAUUGCUUUCCUUGGAUCGACUUACUGAUCCGCCACGAUUCAUGCGGCAUCGUUUGUCCCCCCACCCUUUUCCCGUUCGCCGAGAGCGGCGCAGUGAGCGUGCUGGUGGAGCUGAACGAGGCGUGGGGGGCGUGGCCCAAGAACAACAACGCCACCAUUGCGUGCGCCGCGUGGCCUGGCGUCUCCUGCUCCCCGCGCGGAUUCGUCGUUGCUAUAGAUUUUGGAGCAGUGAGCGACUCGGAACCAGGUGGCGUCGUGCCAGCCUCCAUCACUCGCCUCUCCAACCUGCAAUUCCUCGAUUUGACAUGGGGCAUUACCCUGAAGGGAACCUUGCCAUCACUCGCCACGCUCACCAGCCUCACCUAUCUCGCCCUGGGAGCUGAUGGCUGCGAACUCACUGGCACUCUCGACGACCUCUCGUGGCUCACCACGCUCUCCAACCUGCACACACUGGGUCUGGUAGCGCUGUCGGAGUUCCGAGGAGACCUCUCCUCCCUCGUCACCCUCUCCAACCUCCGUUCCCUCCGCAACCUGCAGCUCUCCAGUCUCACCAACGCCACAGGGCAGAUCCCCAGGGACCUGCGAUACUUGACUGCCCUCACCGCACUCGACCUGUCAUACCUGCGCGCCUCAGACUUCCCCGACUGGGUGGUUCAGCUCACCAACCUCCGCGCCCUGAACCUGAACACAGACACGAAAGACCGCCACGGGGUGCUCUCAGAUGCCAUCUCGCUGCUCACGGGCCUCACUCAGCUAUCAAUUGAGUACAACAACCUGGCGGGCUAUCUGCCGGGAGGGCUGUCCAACCUGGUCAACCUGCAACAACUCUCUUUGAGAGUCAACAAGCUCCAAGGCGCCAUACCCGAAGCGUACUCUACAUUGACAGCGCUCACUGCACUGGACCUGUCGUGGAAUCAGCUGUCCGGGGCCAUACCUGCAAUCUUCACCACCAACCUGCAGUCCUUACUCCUAAGCUACAAUGCGUUUGACAGCAGCAUCCCGCCACAUCUGGCCCUGGAGACCCUCACUAAACUGGAGCUGAGUCACAACCGUUUCACAGGGGGCCUGCCCGACACCUUCACUCGCCUCACCGCCCUCUACAUGUUGGAUGUGUCAAACAACGGUCUGUCGUCGGGCCUGGGCGUCAUCGCUCGCAUGCCAUGGCUCUCUGACAUCAUGCUCAGCACCAACAACUUCUCUGGCGCCAUCCCAGAGUCCUUCACAGCUUUCACAAGCCUCUACUUCAUAGACGUUUCCAACAACCGCUUCACCGGGUCCUUCCCCAAGCUGCUUCUCACCCACACGGGGCUUAAAAUAUUGGUUCUGUCGAACAACAGCUUCUCAGGGCGCAUCUCUCAGCAGUUGAGCACGCUCACGGACUUGUCUGACAUCAUUCUGAGUGACAACCAGUUCCAUGGGGCCAUCCCAUCAGCCCUCUACCAGCUGCCCUCGCUCAAUUCACUGCAAGUGGCCAACAACUUCCUCUUGGGCGGCCUCCCACCCUCCCUCAAGGCAUCUUCCUCCCUUACCCUGCUCGAUGUGUCGGGCAACGGCAUCACAGGCAACCUGCCCGACUUCUCCCGCUGGCGCGGCAACCUCCUUGCCCUGGUGGCUAGCAACAACAACCUCACGGGGCCCAUCCCCGACUCCAUCUCCACACUCACCUCGCUCGACGCCAUCAUGCUGAACGACAACCAGCUGUCGGGCUCUAUCCCAGACGCCAUGCUCACCCUCACCAACCUCCGAAUCCUGUACUUUGCCAACAACCAGCUGAGCGGCACCUUUCCGUCCGCCAUCAGCAGGCUGCAGAAGCUGCAGCAGCUGUGGCUGGACAACAACAGCAUCCAAGGCACUCUGCCACCCUCCAUCUGCUCGCUGCCCGUUCUCUGGCGCAUCAUGGUGAGCAGCAACCACCUGCACGGGUCCUUGCCGCUGUGCCUCUUCGACAUGUGCAUCAACCAGAUCGACGUGAGUGGCAACAGCCUGUACGGGCGCAUCAACCACAACUUCCGCAACAUGGUGGCGGACGGGGAGGCACUUGUGAACCUGGCGCGCAACUACUUCAAUGGGGAGGCUGUGCUCUUUGCGGACGGCUGCCAGGUGUGCCCCAUGGAGAUCAACGCGCCCAACCGCCUGGUGCCGGGCGACACCAGCAGUGCGCAGGCGGCAGGCAAGUGCGUGGGGAGCGUGUCCGGCAUGCGCGACUACUCCGUGGCGGGUGCUGGCAAGAGCGCACGCGUGAGCCUGUCGGACAACUGCCUCACGCUCAACCCCGGCAUGCCCUGCUCCUCCAACGCCACCCAGCGCAGCCCCGCCGCGUGCCAGGCGUUCUGCAGCGUCACGGAGAGCGGCCCCUGUGACGGUCAUGGCGAGUGCGUGCCGCCCAGCCCCGGUGGCAGCGGCAACUUCUCGUGCGUGUGUGACGCGUGGUACAGCACGCUGGCCACGGUCAACGGCUCCACAUGCCGCAUCGUCAACUCCACCACCACCGUUGUGUCGUCGCUGUCGACGGGUGCCAUCGUGGGCAUUGCAGUGGGGUGCUUUGCGGGCAUCACGCUGCUCACCGCUGUGCUCGCAUGGCUGCUCUGGCCGCGUGGACCAAAGAAGUGGGAGGGGUUAGACGUGUGUGAGCAGUUCACGCUGCAGCAGAUAAUGAAGGCCACCAACAACUGGGCGGCGGAGAACGUGCUGGGCGAGGGGGGCUUCGGCAUCGUGUACAAGGGAGUGUCACCACGGGGGCUGCUGUGGGCCAUCAAGCGCUCCACCGUCAUGACCAACGACUUCCAAACCGAGGUGCGGGCGAUGGCGAACCUGCACCACGUGAACCUCGUGCGGAUGCUGGGCUUCUGUCUGGACCAGAACGCGGAGACGGGCAAGCAGGAGCAGAUACUGGUGUACGAGUUCGUGGGCAACAGAGACCUGCAGUACCACAUCCACAAGACCAAGCGCGCGUUGUCCCUACGGCAGCGGCUACGGCUGGCGCAGGGCACGGCGGAGGGGCUGGCGUACCUGCAUGGGUUUGAGACGUCCAUCGUGCACCGCGACAUCAAGCCCGCCAACAUCCUUGUCACCCACGACUUGCAAGCCAAGGUCGCUGACUUUGGCCUACUCAAGCGACUCACGCACGGCGGCGAUGCGGACGCCACGCGAGUGGCGGGCACGCCCGGCUACGUGGACCCCGACUACAACCGCACGCAGAUGGUCACCGCCAAGAGCGACGUCUUCAGCUUCGGCAUCGUGCUCCUGGAGCUGCUCACUGGCAAGUCGCCGCAGAUCAACAACAAGACACACAUCCGCAAAUGGGCGGCGAAGCUGGUGGAGGCGUACGAGUUGGAGCAGCUCAAGGACGAGCGCCUGGAGUGCAGCGAGGAGGCAAUCGUGGACUUGGCGGACCUGGCACUGGACUGCAUCAAGUCGCCGGGCACACGGCGCCCCGACAUGAAGGACAUUGCGUACCGCCUCAAGGUGCUCAUUGAGAAGCACUGCCCCGACAGGGAGGACGAGUGGGAGUGCGUGGAGCGCGACGACACCAUGCGACUCGCUCACUCGUCUGCCCCGGGGCCGCCAUCAGGCAUGUCAUCGGGCAUGCGCUGGGGCGACUCGCAGAUGUCGCAGGGGUCGUACAGGGCUGGCAGCUCCUUCAUGAGCCUUGGCUCCAACGUGAGUGGUGUGAGGAGGAGCUGGCUGCACUCCAAGCUCACGGGAGGCCGCUAG